AGUGCUGCACGUAACAAAAGCAAGGGGAUGAAACAAGUCGAAAUAACCUAUAUCUAAAGGUCUGAAACACUCUUCCCUCCGACGCAGCACUGUCUAUCGGGUGGAACGGUUGCACACCGGGAACCAGACACCGUUAUAACGCGGGAGAAAGCACGCGCCGAAAUUACAGUUUCAGCUCCUUGCUCUUCCACGCAUAGACACAGUGGGUCAAGGCAGUAUUUCAGAUCAGGUUUCACAUUUAGCUCAAGACCAGCUGGGAGAGAGCGAGUCAGUGGGUUUGCCUUUCCCCUAACCGUCUCUUGCUACGGCGAAAACAUAAGAGGAGUCAGCAAGGGGAGGAUCGGUGUGGACUCAGCAUAGAUCCGAAGGAAUUUCCGUGCGUAUUCUUGUAGUUUACAGGGGAGUAACGCGAGCGAAGCGGCGGUGAGAUACAGCAUUAAUUCGAGCGACAUGGACGAGCAGUCCCGGUUGAUGCACUCUCACGCGGGAGUAGGGAUGACAGGGCACCCCGGCCUGUCUCAGCACAUGCAGGAGGGCACCGGAGGAUCCGACGGUGACGGAAGAAAACAAGACAUUGGAGACAUUUUACAGCAAAUCAUGACCAUCACAGAUCAAAGUCUGGACGAAGCACAGGCCAGGAAACACGCAUUGAACUGUCACCGAAUGAAGCCAGCGCUCUUCAACGUCUUGUGCGAAAUAAAAGAAAAAACAGUGCUCAGUAUCCGCGGCGCCCAAGAGGAGGAGCCUCCAGAUGCUCAGCUCAUGCGAUUGGAUAACAUGCUGCUGGCCGAGGGUGUGUCCGGCCCGGAGAAGGGCGGCGGCUCGGCGGCAGCUGCCGCAGCCGCGGCAGCUUCGGGUGGGGCCGGCGCGGACAACUCCGCUGAGCACUCGGACUACCGGGCCAAGCUCUCGCAGAUCCGGCAGAUCUACCACACGGAGCUGGAGAAGUACGAACAGAUGGUAUCCGGCUGGAGAGGCAGUUACGCAGGGAGUCAUGGCAAGACAAACCAGGCAUGUAACGAGUUCACCACCCACGUGAUGAACCUGCUGCGGGAGCAGUCUCGUACGCGGCCCAUCUCGCCCAAAGAGAUCGAGCGCAUGGUGAGCAUCAUCCACCGCAAGUUCAGCUCCAUCCAGAUGCAGCUCAAACAGAGCACCUGUGAGGCCGUCAUGAUCCUGCGCUCGCGCUUCCUUGAUGCCAGACGGAAAAGACGGAACUUCAACAAGCAGGCCACAGAGAUCCUGAACGAGUACUUCUACUCCCACCUGAGCAAUCCGUACCCCAGCGAGGAGGCCAAGGAGGAGCUGGCCAAGAAGUGCCAAAUCACAGUCUCACAGGUUUCCAACUGGUUCGGAAACAAGAGAAUCCGGUAUAAGAAAAACAUCGGGAAGUUCCAAGAAGAGGCCAACAUGUACGCAGCCAGAACUGCCGUGAACGCAGCCAGCGUCUCUGCGCAGGGAAGCCAAGCCAACUCGCCCUCAACCCCCAACUCCGCAGGUUCUGCUGGCUCUUUUAACAUGUCAAACUCCGGGGACUUGUUUAUGAGUGUGCAGUCUCUCAAUGGGGACUCGUACCAGGGGGCUCAGGUGGGAGCCAACGUGCAGUCGCAGGUGGAUACCCUUCGCCAUGUUAUCAGCCAGACAGGCGGAUACAAUGACGGACUCACAGCGAACCAGAUGUACAGUCCGCAGGGCAUCAAUGCUAAUGGCGGAUGGCAGGACGCCACAACUCCCUCGUCAGUGACUUCGCCCACAGAAGGACCUGGAAGCGUCCACUCCGACACAUCCAAUUGAUCCUCAUCAUCUGCCAUUGCCCCCCCCACACACACACACACACACACACACAGACAGACACACACACACACACACACUCACACACUGAAGGCACCCAUCUCACACACACACACACACACACACCACAAACACGCACACACACACACAUUCAAAGGCCAGGACAGCCCUUACCUUGAUUGAGGGGGAAGCCCAGCAUGCUGAAAGCAGGACAUGGGGAGAGGGUGGCACAGCCCCCCCACACCACCCUGGACUCUCAGCUGUUAACACCAGUGACUCGCUCAUUCUCCGCCAUCUUCUGGCUCCGAUUUCGGUUCCUCUCUCGCCUUCCGGUGGCGACUUCACCACUUGCACUCCUCACCUCCAUCAGUGUCUGUGUCCACUGUUACAGCUGUGACAUCCGUGUACUGAUCUCGCUUCUUAAAAAAAAAAAAAAAAAAAAAAAAAAAAAAAACAUAACACAAGACAAACACACUCACAAAAUCAAGUAUGUACAGCCCCCUUGUCUUUAGAUUGGAAUGCUUUCACACUACCUCUUGAAAACAACAACAACAACAACAACAAAAUGGAACAAAAAAAGGAAAACAUUUUCUUAAAAGACAAACAUUGCUACUUCAUCCAUAAUCAUUUUUUGAAAAGGUUUUCAUCUGACAUUUUAGGCCUUCAUGUGUCUACCAUUGGCUCUUUUUUCCAGUAGUGACUUUUUGUUUUACCCAUUGUGCCAAAGUAUUUGAUAUCUUAUAAAUAUGCUCUGACAAAAAAAAAAAAAUGUAAAAAAAAAAUCAAUUUUUUUUUUAUAUUACAUAUUGUGAAAACACUUUGUAAUAGAUUCAUAUUUAUGAAAACAGGGCCCAAGAAGAGAUAAAGUUCAGCUCUGGAUAUGAUGCUCUCUAUCAUACCAGAAAUGUUUAGUUGGACAUGGAAAAGAAGCAUUGAAAGACUAGUAUUCACGUUAAUCUGUAUGGAACCUAAGGGUUUCUGAACGUGAUUUUGCAAACAAGAAUUUGCUAGCAGUUCUGCAUACAUUAAAUGAAUGCAUUUAACAUACAUACUACUGUAUCAACUGUCACGACCCCCAAAAACUGAAGAUACUGGUUCCUUAAAUAGCUUGUCCAAUCUGAUGACACAUAGUCAGCAGGUUUAAAUAAUGGCAGUUACAGAGGAGUAAUAUGUACCGGUAUGUACAUUUAUGUCAUCUUACAGUAUUUUCCAAUUUUGUGCAUUACCAAAACAAAUUGGCAGUGAGAAGAAAUUCCAUCUUUUUUUUUUUUUUUUAAAAAAGGGAUUACAGUCAAAUAAGGACAAAAAGUUUUCUUAUGUCCAAAGUUCCCCUGGUGCUACAAAGAUACAACUAUUGGAGCAAAACACAGAUAUAUUUUUAUGAUGCUUUCGCUGACAAUGUACCGUUAUAUAUCAUUCAUUGUAUACAUGCAGAGAUCUAGGAAUGCUGUAUUGUACCAUGAGAUGGAGAGAGAGAGAGAGAGGCUUAGUGAAGGCUUCCAAGCUAAGAGGUUUCCAUCCCCCAUCAUUACACAUGAGUAUGCAAUAAACCCUUCAAAUCAUGUUUGUUACUAUGAACAAACAAAUCUCAAAUGUGAAAUGAAUGAUCAUCAUUGUUUUUCUUUUUUUCCCCUCUUAUUACAUUUGUAGUUUGUUGAUCUUACAAUGUACAUGGGGUCACGACCUUUGGAAUAACAGUUAAGCAUUAUUCAUUUGUUACUUGCAUUUCAUUACUUUGAUACCAAAAAAAAGAAAGGAAAAAAGGAAAAAGCAGAAGUGUGAAGUCUACAUAGCUAACAGCUUUAUAAACACUUUUCAUGUUGUGAAUCUGUGUAUUAUCUGUUGUACUGAAGAACGUUGCCUCAGAAUGUUCUGGUACUUUGUACUCCAAACCAAAAAUGCAGUCAGAAUCCAGUGUUUGUUGAAAACGAAGACAAAAAAAAAAGUGAUGGCACACAACUACAGAAAUUGUUUGGAUAUAUUUUUUAUGUCCAUGUUGUGAAUAACUCUUUUUUUAAAAUCUCAUCUUUGUUUGGCUUGGUUACAGGACUACAUAUAUUUUAUUUUCAUGCUAGCCUAUGUGAAUUAGCCCCAAGAAUGCGCUAUGCUGUACAUGUAGUUGUGCACCUUUUUAUUCUUGUUUGCUUUUUUAUAAUAAUAUGCCAGUAUCCAUUUUAAGAUGAUGUCUGAUAGAGACAGAUGAACAGAGCCUCUUACUCUGCUUCAACACGGUCCAUCCAGUGCCUCUGUCAUCUUUUCACUGAGGAGUUAGCCAGAUGGACCUACUCUCGAAAUGGAUACUGCCUUUGUUUAACGGUGAUGUGAAAAGUCAGUGUCAGCAGUGUCAUGUGACAGUAGCCUAUUUCAUUUAGCAAGACCAAAUCUAGACUACAAAAAAAAAAAACAUUAUGCAACGACAUGGAAUAUAAUAAAUGUCUAUUUUACAAACCAUCAAUAACAGUAGAGCAUUAUUGCAUCCAUGGCUGACGAGCCCAGUGGAGAGACCGUAGAGACUCUCCAGGCUUUGUCAAAGCUCAGCACGAUGCAUAUGAUGGAUAUUUAUUGCAUUAGAGUGGCAAUGCUGUCUAAAAUUCUGGAACUAGAUGAUUUUUAGGACGUUUGAAAUGAUUUGGGAACCCUGAGCAGGCAGUGUUCCUUGGUUACCAUGGUGCAGCUUCAAGACAACAUUUGUCCUUCUGAGGGUUUUUCAGAGCUCCUGGGCUCUGUCAAAGUGUCGUCUUUAGUGAUCGCAUCACACUGUACUUUGACAAAAAGUCUGUCACGCCUUUUCUUUGUGUCUUUGUAGGUGUGUGUGUAAGGGUUUGAGUGAGCGUGGGUGUGUGUGUGAAGUCCGGGUAAGAGCAGUGGAAGGAUUUCUCAUGAUAUCGGAUAUGCACUUGGUCUAGUGCUCAAAUCUGCUUUUCACAUUGCCUGUCCAGUAUCACCGUAUUAUUAAAAGCUUCAUGUAAUGAUGCUUUUAGUUUUUGCAUAUGAGCAAUUUGUAAAACAUCAAAUGUUUACUUUGUUGCAUGUCUUUUGUUCUUUAAUAAAAUACUGCAGUGUU